AUGAGGGAACUUCAGAAAAAAUAUUGUAUUUUUGGUUGUGAUGCUUUAGUUGCACAUGGUGUACCCCUACACCGAUUUCCAAAUCCUGAGAAGCGUCGUGAUUUAUUCACUGCUUGGGUGUCAUCAGUCGGAGAGAAACUUACUGAAACUGAUCCAAAGAAAAUAUAUUCUAAUAAAAGAUUAUGUGAUAACCAUUUUGAUUUAAAGUGUAAGACUACCGGCGGUCGCCUUAUUUGGUGUUGCAAAUGUCCAUUGGUGGUAGUUAUCACAACAUCAGGUGUGCAGCAAUCACUAAGAACAUUUGUGGAAACUGACCAUAGUUACUGUGGUCCAAGAAGAGAUUUUUUACAAGCUAAACCUUUGGCUAAGCUAACAAACAUUCCUGGACCUUCUCUAUGUAAAGAGUCACCAGGUGGCCCCACUGAAUUUCAAAUGCCAUCUAGUUUUACAACAAAUGUAUCUUUAGCUUCAAAUGAAGAGAAGAGUGAUGGUCAAAAUUCAUCAAGUAAUUCUGAUGCAGAUAAAAAGUUAGAGUACCUUCAGAAAAAGUGUGAAACAUGGUGUGCAAGAAAAGCAAGAAAGGCACAAAGUGAAAUAAGAAGAUUGCGCCAGCAAGUUAAAAGUCUUAAGACACGUCUUAGGCAAAUACAGAAGUCGGCAUUAAUGAGAGCAAAGCUAUUUACGAGGAUGCAAUACAUGAAAGGACUGAAGAAAGAAAUAGGGUGUACAUUCACUCUUAAUCACGAAUACCUCUUAGUUCCGAGGCCCAAAAUAUUAUUAAUCAGAUCAAAAACUAAU